AUGGGGUCGGUCGUGGCGCGUCCUCCCGAGGAGGCCCAAGCCUCCUCUGCUCCUCAUCCCAUGAAUGUUUGUCGGCGGAAACGAUCCACGGUGGGGGCUUCGCGCAAGUUGGAAACGAUGUCACACUUCCGCUUUUCGGCUGCGGGGAAGGGAAGCUUUACCCCAAUCUGGCAAACUGGAGACCAAGCGGAUCCCAGCGUGUGCCCCGAGUCUCCGCCGCCACCAAAAGGGGAAGGUCUUCUGCCGUCGACAAUCGACAGGAAUCAAAGGACCAUGACCAUGCACAAUGACAACAGUCCAGUUGCUAUGCUGCGAUCUGGCAGCGCCCGUUCAUGGAUUACCGUGCAUCAAGAAAUAUCACCAUCGCGUUUCUGUAGUGGUCGUCCGGUGCAUCUCUAUCCUAAACUUUGUGGCAUUCUCGGAACGCCGACCGGAUGGACGCUAAGCGACGCCAUGGCUGAUGGUGCCGCUGCCCAACCAUGA